UCAGAGUAUGCCAAUUGGUUUAAAUACUGGCUCACUGAGAAGUGAGACCAAAGCUGGAAGAGCCAAGUCUGUUGCAUCAAGAUUUAUACUUGAUUGUCUGGACUAUCUACCUGUUGAGUGCUGCUCUUUUGCUGUUGAUAUUUUGCUCUCUGGAUUGCAGCAGUUUACGAAAGGUGCUCCUUCAGCUGUGCUGGAUGAAUGCAAAAAGAUUAAACAGCGUGUCAUGCUUCAUGAAAUAGGGUUUUCACUCGGUAUUGUGGAAUGGAUUAAUGAUUACCACACAUUUUCUGCUUCAUCAUCAGUGAGUAGCUUAUCAAUGUAUUCUGAAUCUUCAUGCCUACAAGACAACAAGCCUGAGCUAAACAUCAGCUCAAAUCUAUUGCAAGUAGAAUCAAAGAAAAGUCCCUUUUCUGAAGUUAAAAAUGAUUUCUCCUUUGAGACAGCGCUGCAUGAUGGAGAUCAUAGAGAAAUGAGUCACAUUAAUAAUACUUCUGCUGUUUCUGUUGAUUGUUUGGGUGGAGGUCCCCCACAUCACUUGUAUGACCUUGACCUUGCUCCAGCCCAGUUUAUUGAAUCUAUCAGGCAGGAAGAAUUUGGUUUGAAUCCAGAUAUUUCAUCUGUUGAAAGUGAAUUAUUGAAUAAGCAACAUGCCCGGUUAGGCAGAGCACUCCACUGUCUCUCACAGGAGUUGUAUUCUCAGGAUUCACAUUUCCUUCUGGAACUGGUUCAGAAUGCUGAUGACAACAUCUACCCUGGGAAUGCUGAACCCACAUUGACAUUCAUUCUUCAGGAUAGUGGCAUUGUAGUGCUAAACAAUGAGCAAGGAUUUUCUGCCAAAAACAUCAAAGCACUUUGUGAUGUUGGGAAUUCCACAAAGAAAGGACAUAAUUCUGGAUAUAUUGGGAAGAAAGGCAUUGGUUUCAAAUCAGUGUUUCGGGUCACUGAUGCUCCAGAAAUUCAUUCCAAUGGUUUCCAUAUUAAGUUUGAUAUUACUAAGGGACAGAUAGGUUUUGUUUUGCCAACUCUUGUUCCUCCUUGUGACAUUGAUUUGUAUACCAGACUGGUUUAUACAGAUACUGAGCCCAUCACUUCUAACUGCUGGGAGACAUGCAUUGUCCUCCCUUUUAGAUCAAGCAUGUUAGAAGAUUCUGCUGUAAAUAACAUUGCAUUGAUGUUUUCAGAUCUUCACCCAUCUUUGCUUCUUUUUCUUCACCGCCUUCAAUGUAUCAAGUUCCGAGACAUGCUCAGUAAUUCAUUUAUUGUUAUAAGGAAAGAAGUAGUCGGCGAUGGGAUUGUUAGAGUUUCCUGUGGUAAGGAGAAAAUGGAUUGGCUUGUGGUAUCCCAUAAAUUACGGGCUGAUGUAAUUCGUUCUGAUGUGCAAACAACAGAAAUAUCCAUGGCUUUUACAUUGCAGGAGACAGUUGAUGGAAACUACAACCCAUACCUGAACCAACAGCCUGUUUUUGCUUUUCUUCCUCUGAGAAAAUAUGGCCUGAGGUUUAUUAUUCAGGGUGACUUUGUUUUGCCUUCAUCCAGGGAAGAAGUUGAUGGAGAUAGCCCUUGGAAUCAGUGGCUACUCUCUGAAUUUCCUGACCUGUUUAUUAAUGCAGAAAAAUCAUUUUGCAAUCUUCCAUGCUUUAGAAAUAAUUUAGCAAAGGGUGUUGCAGCAUAUAUGAGUUUUGUUCCCCUUAUAGGGGAAGUGCAUGGAUUUUUUUCUAGUCUUCCUCAGAUGAUUCUUUCUAAAUUGCGGAUAUCCAACUGUUUGAUUCUAGAGGGUGAGGAGAAUGUGUGGGUUCCUCCUUGCAAAGUUCUGAGAAAUUGGACUGAACAGGCUCGCACUCUUUUGCCUGAUAGCUUGCUUCGUGAGCAUCUUGGCCUUGGUUAUUUGCAUAAAGAUAUAGUUUUAUCUGAUUCAUUAGCAAGGGGUCUGGGCAUUGAGGAAUAUGGACCCAAAGUUCUUAUCCAGAUUUUAUCUUCCUUGUGCUGUAUGGAGGAUGGUUUGAAAUCCAUGGGCUUGCCUUGGCUAUCAGCAUGGCUAAAUUCCAUCUCUGGGCAAAGUUCACCUGAAUCUGGGAUAGGAUCAGAUCUCAUAAAGACCCUGAGAAAAAUUCGAUUUAUUCCUCUUUCAGAUGGCACAUUUAGCUCAAUCGAUGAAGGUCCUAUUUGGGUGCAUGCUGAUGCAUUGAGCACUGGCGUUAGUGACAAGUAUGGACUAGACAAUUUCCCAAGGUUGUAUGCUGGACUUAGAAUUGUGAAUUCUGCCCUAGUUUCUGCAGAUACAGCUUAUGAAGCAUUGUGCUUUCAAGGAUAUACUGUAGAAAACAUAUCAAGGAUGCUGUAUAGAGUUGGUGUUCAGCAGUUAUCUGCACAUGAAAUAAUAAAGAUGCACAUUCUACCUUCUUUUUCUGAUGGUCAACACACCUUAGCACAUAAUGAACUAAUGACUGAUUAUCUUUCUUUCUUGAUGUUCCACCUACAAUCAAACUGCCCCAUCUGUCAUCUGGAAAAAGAUCUUAUCAUUGGUGAAUUACGUAACAAAAUUCUCAUUUUAACAAAUCAUGGUUACAAGCGAUGUGCAGAGGUUCCAAUCCAUUUCAGCAAAGAAUAUGAGAAUCCUAUUGAUAUGAUGCAGUUAGUAAUGGGAAUUAAUGUGGAGUGGCUUGAAGUACAUAAUAUCUAUCUAAAGCAUCCAAUUACACAAUUGCUGCCAGGAGGAAUUUCAAAGUGGAGAAACUUCUUCAUGGAAUUGGGAAUCACUGAUUUUGUUCGAAUUGUUCAGGUUGAGAAAAGCAUUGCUGAUCUAUCUCCCAUAAUUCUACAGAAUAUAACGUGGGAUAAGGACUUAAUUUCUGGAGGAUCAAAUGUCAAAGAUUGGAAAUCUAUAGAAUUGGUUCAUUUGCUAUCACAACUGUCUGCUAAUCAUGAUAAAGAGAAAUCAAAGCAUCUUUUGGAGAUCCUUGAUUCAUUAUGGGAUGAUUGUUUCAGUGAUAAAGUUGAAGGUUUCUUUUUUAGUUCCUAUGGAGAAAAGAAAGUCUUUGAGUCUUCAUUUGCCAGCAGCCUCUGUAAUGCACGGUGGAUUGUCUCGAGCAUGGAUGAUGAGCUCCACCAUCCCAAAGACUUGUUCUAUGAUUGUGAAGCAGUGCAUUCAAUUUUGGGUGCCUUUGCACCUUAUGCUGUUCCAAAGGUGAGGAGCAGGAAGUUGGUGAGUGCAAUUGGUUUGAAAACUCAAGUUACAGUUGAUGAUGCUUUGUCUAUUCUUAAGGUUUGGACAAGAUCUGAAUCAUCUUUUAGGGCCAGGUUGUCACAAAUGUCUAAAUUCUACACAUUCAUAUGGAAUCUAAUAGCUACUUUUGAGCUACGAGUCGUGAAUGAUUUAUGUGAUGGUCCUUUCAUAUUUGUCCCGCACAUAUGUGGUUCUUCGCCUGAGGAUACUGUAUCUGGUGUAUUUUUAUCACGUAAAGAAGUCUAUUGGCACGAUUCAACGGGUUUUACUGACCAAAUGAAAAUGGUCUGUCCUGAACGUGUCAAGGGGUUGACUCAAUGCCCUGUUGCUAAAAUGUUAUGUGGUGUGUAUCCUAGCCUCCAUGAUUUUUUUGUGAAUGUGUGUGGAGUGGAUGAGUUCCCUCCUUUCCAUGGCUACCUUCAGAUUUUGAUGCAGUUGUCAGCUGUUGCUUUACCUUCAGAGGCAGCUAAGACUGUUUUCCAGGUAUUUCUGAAGUGGUCUGAAGAAUUGAAAUCAGGUUUGCUUAGCUCUGAAGAUAUUAAAUGCUUGAAAGAUAAUCUUCUGCAAAAGGACUUUAUGGUGCUUCCCACAGUACAGGAUAAAUGGGUAUCUUUGAAUCCUUCUUUUGGCAUCAUCUGUUGGUGUGAUGAUGAUAAGUUAAAGAAAGAAUUCAAGCAUUAUAAAAACAUUGACUUUUUAUACUUUGGAGAACUUAUUUGCGAGGAAAAGGAGUUGCUUCACUCAAAGGUCUCAACUCUCAUGCAAAAGCUAGGCAUCCCUGCAAUUUCUGAGGUUGUAAUUCGUGACGCAAUAUAUUAUGGUGUGUCUGACCCUAGCUUUGUUGCUUCACUGGUCAACUGGGCUCUUCCAUAUGCUCAGCGUUAUAUAUACACCAAUCAUCCCAAAAGAUUUUCUCAGCUCAAGCAAUCUGGAUUUGAAAGCCUGAGAUGUCUAAAGAUUGUUGUUGUAGAAAAGUUGUUCUACAUAAAUGUGAUUAAAGGAUAUGAAAUGCGAUCCAAGAAAAGGUUCGAGUGCAGCUCUCUUCUAAAGGACACUGUAUUGUAUGUUUCUCGAGAAUUAGAUUCACACUCUGUAUUUAUGGAACUUUCUCGAUUCAUUGGUGGUGGAACCCCUGAUCUCAACUUGGCCAAUUUUCUUCACAUGAUCACAACCAUGGCAGGAUCAGGUUCAACUGAGGAGCAGACUGAACUCUUCAUUAUAAAUAGCCAGAAAAUGCCGAAACUCCCUGAAGGAGAACCUGUUUGGUCCCUUUCAGAUAGCGCGUUUUCAAUGGAAAAUGAGGAGGCAGUGAUGACUAGCUUUGAAUCCGGAGCAACUAAUGCACCAAAUCCAGUCAAGUUCAAGAAGAAACCAGGGAGAAAUUCUAAUUGGCCACCUGCAGACUGGAAAACUGCACCUGUUUUUCAUUCUUCCUGUGCAUUUAAAUUAAAAACACAAGCAGGCAGUGGUAACCAAGUUUUAAGGGAGGAUGAGGUGGCAGAAAUUAUGAGGCAUCCAGAAAAACAUCCUCUUGCCCCAGUUGAGAUCAAUUAUAAAGGAAUCAUUGAAGAAAAUUCAACAUCAAGUUUACCUGGGGCAGGUGCACAAGAUGCUGGAAUUUCAGAAGAUGGAGGGCAGCUGUCUCUCAGCCCAGCCGAUGCUCAACAGGCACUUUUAAUGGGUAGACUAGGAGAAUUUGUUGCUUUCAAAUACUUCAGCGGAAAAGUUGGUAAAGCAUUUGUGAAGUGGGUGAACGAAGCUUCUGAGACUGGGCUGCCUUAUGACCUUGUAGUGGGAGAUCAGGAAUACAUAGAAGUGAAGGCAACCAAAAAUGUCAGAAAGGAUUGGUUCAAAAUAUCUGCAAGGGAGUGGCAAUUUGCCGUUGAAAAGGGUGAACUUUACAGCAUUGCACAUGUCAUAUUAUCAGCUACUAAUACAGCUACAGUCACAGUAUACAAAAAUCCUGCUAAACUCGUCCAGCUUGGUAAGCUGCAGUUAGCCAUUACAAAUGUGGAUUCCUUUGCCAAUGAUCUUGUGGUCUAGUGGCAUGAAGUAGCUUUUCGAAUUGGGAGGUCAUGGGUUCGAGCCUCAAUGAGGGCAUACUGAUGAGAAGUGUUGUGAGUUGAUAAUGGUGUGCUGGAGCCUAUGGCAAGCUAGAGACCACAAAGUCUGGAAUCAAAAGAGCUCAUCACCGUAUGGUAUCCUGCGAGAGGCCAAAAUUUUUACAUGGCUGGGGGGAUGCUAGGUGACUUGGAGACCAAAGGAAGAAUAGAGAUAAUGCCUUGGUGACUAAAUGGGAAAAACCUCCUGAUGGUUGGCUUAAGUUGAAUGUCAAUGCGGCAAUUGAUGACACGGCAGGUAGAAAGAUGGGUUUUGGAUGUGUUUUGCGCGACCAAAAUGGCGGCUUUGUUAUGGCGAAGGAAGUUCCAUGGAAAGGAGUGUUCAAUCCAAUGGUGGCAGAAGCUAUAGGCAUUAGGGAAGCUUUGUCAUGGAUGGAGAAUUCUGGUCUGGACAACAUACAAGUUGAAACGGACGCCAUGGAAGUGCUGAAUGGUCUCAAAACUGGCAGAAUGAAAUACCUCUUUUGAUCUGAUAAUUAAGGAUGCAUUAAAACUAGCAAAACAGUGUACAAACAUUUGCUUUUUACAUGUUAAACGAUAUGUGAAUAUGAUGGCUCAUUUACUA